CAUGUGUACAUGCUGUUCUCCAGAGCAUGUUAAAGAUUCUCUAAGCGUAUGCAGUUAGCAGUUCUGCCGGUGAUUGUAUUAUAGCGUACUAACACCUUUACUUGGUGCACGUUUCCAGAGCAUGGCUGAUCCAGUAGCUGCGAUGUGCGAGCAGCUAAUUAAAGCUGUAAAUGUGAUGAUGGAUGCAGAAUCUAAUCAACGAUAUCGCCUGGAGGCCCUAAAGUUUUGUGAAGAAUUCAAAGAAAAAUGUCCGUUUUGUGUACCAUGUGGCCUUCAGUUAUCGGAUAAAUCGCAGGCAGCAGUAGUUAGACAUUUUGGUCUACAAAUAUUGGAGCAUGUUAUAAAGUUUCAGUGGAACAGUAUGCCACAGCAAGACAAAGUCCAUUUGAAAAACUGCACAAUGGAGCUGUUAAAAAAUGGCACAUAUCCCAUUUUGGAGGAAGAAAGUCAUAUCAAGGAUGCUCUUUCACGCAUUGUAGUGGAGAUGAUCAAGAGAGAGUGGCCUCAGCACUGGCCUGAUAUGCUUAAAGAGAUGGAAACCCUCACUUCUUUUGGGGAUACCCAGACAGAGUUGGUGAUGCUGAUUCUCUUGCGGCUCGCCGAGGAUGUGAUCACAUUUCAGACCCUGCCCAUGCAGCGGCGGCGAGAUAUCCAGCAGACACUCACGCAAAACAUGGACGGCAUCUUCACCUUCCUGCUCACCAUCCUACAACAGCACGUUGAUGAGUAUCGGAGACUGAAAAGACUUCCAGGACAUGAGCUAAAGGCCAAAGCCCACUGUCGAGUCGGCAUAGCCACCUUGAACACCCUGGCUGGCUACAUUGACUGGGUCGCACUCAUCCACAUCACAAAUGAGAACUGCCACCUGCUGGAGAUCCUCUGCCUGCUCCUGAGCGAGCCAGAGCUUCAGCUGGAGGCAGCUGAGUGUUUGCUCAUCGCAAUUAGUAGGAAAGGGAAACUGGAGGACAGGAAGCCACUCAUGCUGCUGUUCGAUGAUGUGGCCAUGCACUACAUUCUCUCGGCUGCUCAGUCUGCUGACGGAACCAGCAUCACCGGUGACCAGCCCGAGGGGACUGGGCAUGGGGAGACGAGAUACACCUUCUUAAAGAGGCUGUGUCAGGUGCUCUGUGCCCUGGGUAGUCAGCUCUGCGCACUAGUGGGCUCCAUAGCUGAAGUGGAGGUUCCUGGGAACCUGAAUAAAUACAUGGAGGCCUUCCUUGCCUUCACCACUCAUCCCAGCCAGUUUCUUAGGUCUUCCACCUUGACCACCUGGGGAAACGUAUUCCGACACGAGGUUUUGUCAAAGGAUCCCGUCAUUGUACAGAUGGCUAUUAAGUAUCUGAAGGCAACCACAACAAACCUGGUGAAGACAGGAUUCCCCUCUAAGAAUGACAGCCCAGCUUGUGAAUAUGCCCGUGUAGACUUUGACAGCGAUGAGGACUUCAAUGCCUUCUUUAAUUCAUUUAGGGCCCAGCAAGGGGAAGUUAUUCGUCCUGCGUGUAAGAUUGCCCCUCUUGAAGCCUUCCAGGUUGCUGGGGAGUGGCUACAAUAUCAAAUCAACACACCCCUUGACACAGGAAAUUGUAUGUCAAAGAGUGGAGAAGGAUUCUGCUCUGUGCUUUCACCGUCUGUCGUGCAGUGGGAUGCAAUGACCUUCUUCACUGAAAGUGUGAUGGGACAGCUCUUCAAAAUCCUGGACAAGGAGAAACUGCCUGUGGACCAAGGUAUGGAGCUGCUCCAGGCUGUAGUGAACUAUGAGACGCGUGAUCCCCUCAUACUUUCAUGCGUGCUCAGCAACCUGUCGACCCUCUUCCCCUUCAUCUUACAUCAACCACAGUUUUUACCCAAAGUGUUCUAUAAGCUAUUUCCCUCCAUUACAUUUGAAAUAGUUGAAGAAAGCAAGGCUCCUCGAACUCGAGCUGUGAAGAACGUCCGAAGACAUGCCUGCUCCUCCAUCACCAAGAUGUGUAGAGAUUAUCCAGAUUUCAUGAUGCCAUGCUUCGACAUGCUCUACAUGCAAGUGAAGAAGCUCUUUGCCAACGAGCUGCUGCUGACCCAGAUGGAGAAGUCUGCUCUGAUGGAGGCCCUGGUGCUGCUCAGCAACCAAUUCAAGGACUACAGCAAGCAGAAAGCCUUCCUGGAGGAGCACAUGGCCUCCGUGACAGCUCGCUGGCUGUCAGGGGAGAUGCGCAGUGUGUUGUGGGAUCCUGCUAGUUUCUUGGCAUUUGUUGGUACUGAUCAGGUCAUCAAUGAGCCAGGCUCUGAGGACCAAAUGGGAAUCAAUAGGUCAAGGAUUAGCUUUUGUGUCUACACGAUCCUGGGAGUGGUGAAGCGAGCGCGCUGGCCCACUGAUCUGGAGGAGGCCAAAGCGGGGGGUUUCGUGGUGGGCUACACUUCUGCGGGUCUCCCCAUUUACAGGAACCCGUGCACAGAGCCACUGCUUGCCCUGCUGCCAAACCUACUCGCCCUCAUCAGAACCCACAACAGCUUAUAUCUACCAGAAAAUCAAGCCCGACUCAGUGAGACCUUUAAGCGGGCAUAUGAUGUAAUGGACGUAGAAAAGAAUCUUAUUUUAGCAAUCCCCCAGCCAGUCCUGGAUGUGUAUGAUUCUCCAGUGUACAAAAGUUCACUGGAGCGUAUGCAAGGAUUCUUCUGCACGCUCUAUGACAACUGUUACCAUGUGCUGGGGAACGCUGGCCCAGCCUUGCAGCAGGACUUCUAUACAAUAGAAGGGUUGGCUGAAAAGCUGCUAGGCUCUGCCCUUAUCCACCUAGAACAUGUUCCAGACCACAGGCUUCGCCCCUUGCUUCGGGUGUUCAUGAAACCUCUGGUCACAUCCUGUCCUCCAGAAUACUACGACAGUCUGCUCUGUCCCUUACUAGGCCUUCUGUUCUCCCACCUGCUCCAGAGACUGAACCUUCGGUGGCAGAUAAUCAACCAAAGAACAAGUGUGUGUGGUCCAGACGAGGACGAGUGCUCCGGGGAGAGCCAGGUCACUCAGGAGAUGCUAGAAGAGCGGCUGGUCCGACUGGUUACGCGAGAGGUCCUGGAUCUGCUCACUGUGUCAUGCAUAGCGAGGAAGCUGCCAGAAGCAGCCGGGAACAGGGAGGACGCGGAUGGAGACGAGGAGAGAAUGGCAACUGAUUCUUCACAGCUGAAUGUGUCUCAAACUGCAGAUGAACUGACCGAGCUAGGCAAAUGUUUUCUCCAGCAUGAGGACAUGUACAUGACACUCCUGGCCAUCUCCUUCAACUCUCUCUCCUGGAGGGACACCACCAACUGUCAGCGAGCCGCCACCCUCGUCUGCUGGGCUUUGCUCAGACAGGUGGUUGGGGGGAACCUGCUGCCGGAGGCCGUGACCUGGCUGUACGCCAGCGUGCUGAGCGCGCUGCAAAUGCACGGUCAGCACGAUGGCUGCAACGCUGCCCUUACCCAGCUCGCCCUGCUCAUCUACGAUGCCCUGCGGCCUCGUUAUGUCGAGCUACGCGCCAUCAUGAACCAGAUCCCCAACAUUCACCCAGAGCAUCUGGAGCAAUUUGACCAGAAGACCGUUGACCCCAUGCUACAGAAGGUUGGGGAAAAGAAGAGAAAAGACCAGUUUAAGAAACUCAUAGCCGGCACUGUGGGGAAACCUCUUGGGCAGCAGUUUAAGAAGGAGGUCCACAUCCGGAACCUUCCAUCCCUCUUUAAGAAGGCAAAACCUUCAAAAGACAUUGUGUCUGACAGCACGAAGGCUGGUCUGGUCGAACUGUUUUCCCCUGAGCACGAUGACCACUAGGGUGAAAAACACAUCCUCUUUUUGGUACAACCAGUGGGCCUCUCUGUUGCAACACAGCAUCUCCUCUCACUGAGAGUUUUAGAAAAAAAAAAUCAAUACAAAAAAGUUUUGAAUUAUUUAAGCUGGGUGCUAGAUGUUUCCUAGGUUUCUAUUUUGUGCCAUUUGUUUAGACACAGAAAACUAAAGGGAGAAUUCCAGUACUGGACACAAACUGACAAAGCAAUGUCAGGUCCAUGAGAAAGUCCUGUCAUACAUUUGACUGAAUGGAUGAUUAAUAAAGACUUAUGAGCAGACUUGGACACUUCAGAAAACCCAGCACUACAUUCCAUCUCCUCCAUUCACUUAAUGGAUGAUAUAUUAAAAAAAAUUGUUUGUUUUUUUUAAACAAAUCAACUCCAGUUGAACACUAACUGCAACAAAUUGUUUGUGUACAGGAGACGGUAUGUAAAAAGUGUUGUGCUGUUUAUAUAUUGCUGUUUUUAAUAAAUGUAGACUUGGUCAUCUAAA